AUGGUAGGUGUGGCCAUUGGCGAAAUGGACUACGAUGAGAAGCAGGUCAAGAAAUUCAUCGAGUUUAUUGAUAAUGAGUAUCUGGCGGAGAUCCUGGUGGAUAACCUCCCCGGUAUCAUGAACAUCCGCACUACCGACGGUUCCGUGUACUACGAGCACGGCUAUCCCGUGGGAGGCAUUCUCGUUCAGUACGGGAACAACACUUCGAUGGGCUACGCGCUCAACAACCACCUUGACUUCAAGAUCUUCUACAACGACGAAUCCGCGGAGCUCAGCAGCAUAGUCGGCUUCGAGAUCGCUCCGCGGAGCAUUCGCUACUCCUCGCUGAACGAAGUUCCCUCCGCCUGCCAGCAAGAAAAGAUCCCGUCGAUGAGCAUCCAGGGCAAGGGCGCGCAGCCCGGUCCCCACGGCGUACAGCUCUUUUGUUACUCGUCUAACACGCAGGAAGUGCACGUGAUCUUCAGCUAUUCGGUGCAGUGGCUGCCGUCGACCACCGAGUGGUCGCACCGCUUCGACCGGUACAGCAACAGCCAGUUCAUCGAAGAGACGCGUCGCAUCCACUGGUUCAGCAUUCUGAACUCGCUGCUGGUGCUGCUCUUCCUCAGCGGCAUGGUCGCGUUCAUCGUCGUCCGCACCGUCUUCCAGGACUUCGCUCGCUACAACCGCGUAGGCCUUCUUUUGCCGUCCUCACGGCCAGCUGCCCACCGACGAGAGCGAGGACCUGGACAUCGAGGACAGCGGCUGGAAGAUGGUCCACGCCGACUGCUUCCGCCCUCCCGAGCACGGCACGCUCCUCCUCGCCGUGCUGCUCGGCAGCGGCGCGCAGCUGCUCGGCAUGGCGCUCGGCAGCGUGCUGCUCGCGCUCGCGGGCAUGGUCACUCCCGAGAACCGCGGCGUCGCGCUCAACCUCCUCCUCGCGCUCUACGUGCUCAUGAGCUUCCUCAACGGCCGCGUCUCCCUCUUCUUCUACCGCAGCUGGGGCGGCGUCCACUUCAAGCGCGCCAUCCUCCUCGCCGGCACGCUCCUCCCCACCGUCGUCUUCGGCAUCUACGGGCUGCAGAACGCGCUCUCCGCCGCCUACCACUCCACCACCGCCGUCUCCUUCCUCUCCAUCCUCAAGCUCGUCGCCAUCUGGCUCUGUCUCUCCUUCCCUCUCGUCGUCCUCGGCGCGCUCAGCGCGCUGCGCAGACCCGUCUACGAGCCUCCCGUCGCCACCAGCGCGAUCCCGCGCGAGAUCCCGCCGCAGCCCUGGUACAUCCGCAAGCUGCCGCUGAUCCUGGUGGGCGGCCUGGUGCCCUUCGGCGUGAUCUUCGUGGAGCUGUACUUCUUCCUGUCCUCCGUGUGGAUGGGCUACGGGUACUAUCUCUUCGGGUUCCUCUUCGCCGUGCUGCUGAUCCUGCUGGUGACCACGAGCGAGAUCAGCAUCGUGCUGACCUACUCGCUGCUCUGCGCAGAGAACUACCACUGGUGGUGGAUGAGCUUCUUGGCGCCCGCGUCGUCCGGUGUCUACGCGCUCGCGUUCUCUGUCUACUAUCUCGUGGUGGCGUUCAACCUUGA